AGAUGGCACCCAAGAAGGCUAAGAGGAGGGCAGGGGGCGGAGACAGCGGUUCCUCCAACGUGUUCUCCAUGUUUGAGCAGAGCCAGAUCCAGGAGUACAAGGAGGCUUUCACAAUCAUUGACCAGAACAGAGACGGUAUCAUCAGCAAAGAUGAUUUGAGGGACGUGCUGGCCUCUAUGGGCCAGAUCAACGUAAAGAACGAGGAGCUGGAGGCCAUGGUCAAGGAGGCCAGCGGCCCCAUCAACUUCACCGUCUUCCUCACCAUGUUCGGCGAGAAGCUGAAGGGUGCGGAUCCCGAGGACGUCAUCGUAGCCGCCUUCAAGAUCCUUGACCCCGAAGCCACUGGAAGCAUCAAGAAGGAAUUCCUCCAGGAGCUCCUGACCACCCAGUGCGACAGAUUCUCCGCUGAGGAGAUCAAGAACAUGUGGUCAGCCUUCCCCCCAGAUGUUGCUGGCAACGUUGACUACAAGAACAUCUGCUACGUCAUCACACACGGAGAAGAGAAGGAAGAGGAGUAAGAGUGCCCUGAAGGAAUUGAAGAAAGAAGACAUCCCUUGCUAUUCUACCCCUCCCCACCCACCCCUCCCCAUAUUCUCCUCCCCGCCUUCCUCUAAUGUGCCCCGGUGCCUCGGUCGCUGCUGUCCUCGACAAAGACUUGUCUCGUUCAGACGACGUGCUUCUACGUGAGGCGACCGGCCCCUGUGGUGUGUUUGUCUGUCUGCUUAUGGGGAAUUGGGAUUAUUUUCAAUAAAAAAUGAUCUUGUAACAUCAAGUACCACUCAACACUUUCUCAUGAUCCACCUCACCCUUCACUUGCGCCCUCCAACUUCUCCCCUUCCCAUCUGUCUUAGGAUAGAACGCCCAGCGUGUGAGCCGCCGGUUAGCCUACGAUGCUCCGGCGCGGGUGUAGAGACACGCACCUUUUAUCCCGCACGCUUUUUUUUUUUUGAGUGUGUUUUUAAACCGAGGACCUCAUUCCAAAUUAUGAAGAAGUCCUCUUUGGCAGCGCAGGCGAGAAGGGGGAGGGAACAUGUAGAAGGUUUCGAGGGAAGGGUGUCUCCGUAAAGCGAUGACUUCCCCUUCCCUCGGAGGGUGAAAGAACUCAGAGCAGGAGGAGAGGAGAGGAGGAGCCGAAAGAGAACAUAUCGCUCUUCGCUCCUUCUCGCCGCUCCCUCCUGCCUUGUGGAAAAACAGUUCUUUUUUUUUUUUCAUAAGCUGUCUCGUUUCAGAUCGACCGGGCACUACCACGACUUUCCUCUGUAAAGAAUAAAAAGGGACAAACUGUGAAUAAAACCUCUUUCCUUUUGUA